AUGGAGGCCCUGGACGAGUGCUUCCCUCCCGGCUGCGGUGUGCGCAUCAUAGCGGAGCCGGGCCGCUACUUUGCCGAGACCUCCGCCACCCUGUUCACCACAAUCCUGGGGCACCGCGCGUCGCGGGCGCCGUGCGGGGCGCCGCUGCGCGACUACCACCUGAGUGACGGCACAUACGGCUCGUUCAGGAUACAGGUGGCAAUUGACGGCCUGGAGCCGUCCUACACGGUGCUGCGCUCCCCACUGCUGCCACCCCCCGGCCCCAAGCUCUCUGCGCCGAUGGCCUGUCGCCUGUGGGGGCACAGCGGGCGCACCGACGACUGCGUGCACCGCAACGCGCGCCUCCCAGCGCUCCAAGACGGCGACUGGCUGGCCUUUGACUAUGCGGGCGCCUACACUGUCUGCUCUGCGUCCAGGUUUGGCGGCGGCAGCAUGGCAGAGCCGACCAAGCUGUUCGUGCUCUCCGAGGUCGCGACGCGCGACCUCGGCCACCUCGCUCAACGACCCGGCCGCACGUGCGGCAGCUGCUGCGGGGCGGUCGGAGGCCGAGGCGCACGCGGCGAGCAGAUGGGGUGA